AUGUCCGGCUAUACUUCUAUUAGUUCUACACAACCUUUCACCGACUCGGCCGAAGUCCGUCGGCAGGCCGGAGUGACCUUGCCGAUACCUCAGCAAGGAGAGGCGCCUCAACCUCCCGGGGAACAACCUCAGUUGAUACCCACGACUUUGGCCUCCCACAACUCGCCGCUUGAAGAAUUGGCUGGAGCUUUUGCCGACGCUUCGCUAGCCACGUUACCGGAUGCCCGGCUGGCACUUGCUUGGCCCGCAAGUAAUGCCCCGGACGGCCCGAAUUCCGUCAUCGUUCCCCUCACCAAGGACAUCGCCGGUUGGAACACAGUUGGCGUGGUGCAACGGACCCAGGAUGUGGAUUUUGUCAUUGACAUUCCGUUCUGGUCCCAGAACAACUUCACCCUGGAACUGCAACGACGGCAGCUCAAGUGCCGGCUUUAUUAUGAUCCCGUUAGCGACGAUUGCCUUUUGGUUAAUGAGUCUAGCGGCGGCAUACACCUAACCCCCGUCCCUCCAACUGGGAAUGAUCGGCCAAUUCUGGCCCGAGAUGAUCGCUACGUGGUUUCGCCUGGCGUGUGGAGAAUAUCGAUCGCAGAAGGUACGGCCGCUCGUCAACACUUGCUUGACUUCUGCGUCCUCCGGCGGCAGUUCGUCGUGGAUAUUGCCGAAGCACCACCUACCACUUCGUGGUCAGCCAGGCGCUCCGCACCAGACGAUGACGAGGCUUCAGGCAAACGGCGCCGAGUGGACGGUGAUGUUUCUGAGAUCCUGGUCGCCCCAGCUGCUGUUGACCAACAGGAUCCGCCGGGCCCCGGUGCCAUCGCCACGUCCACACCGCCAUCGCCUGUGUUACGGCAAAUCAGAAAGCCGGGCAUAACGCUUUUGGACUUACAGGAUGGGGAGGAAGCGAUUGUGAGAACAAUCCAUUCCGCGGCGGGAACGGUGACGGCUCCAAUAAGUACUCCCGGCCUAGAAUCUUACCGCUUACGACGAGUUGGUGCGAUUGCCAUCAACCGCGCGUCGAGUGUAUUUGCCAGCCAGCACUCGGAGUUAUCCGAGCCAGUUGUGGCCAAAGUUAUCAGGUACGAGGGCAUGUCCUCCAACAAUUUGACUAAGUGUGUCCGGAGAUGGCGGAUGGAAACGGAAAUGCUAGAACGGUUACACCACAGAAAUAUCGUCUCUCUUCGGGCAGUUGACGGUCGCAUGUUUGCCGUCUACCUAGAACUUCUACCCUCCUCCCUUAACCGCGGUACGGAGUCACCGUUCCAACCCUCCGACGCACUCACUAUCCUACGAGACCUGUCGUCCGCCCUUACUUAUCUCCACACAGAACAACACCUCGCCCACAACGACAUCAAACCUGCCAACAUCACGUAUUCGCGGCGGCGUGGUGCAGUUCUCAUUGACUUUGAGAUGGCAACCCCCGCCACGGGUGACGGGAAGUUGCCAGGAGGCAGCCAUUGUUAUAUCCCUCCCGAGUUCCUCAAGAACCCGGCAAACCGUGGUGCAUCUGGGGAUAUGUGGGCGUUGGGGAUCACUCUGUUGUAUGUGCUUAAGAAGUUCCCCCUACCAGACAAAACAGUCAAGGUUUGGCCAAUCUUUGAGGCGUUCGACAAGACAAACACGGCGAGAGGACAGAUGGUAGCCUGGCUCAAUUCUGUAGCCGUUCACAAGGAGAGGCUAGAUCGCACGGAUCUAGUUGAGGGACUUGUAUAUCGGAUGUUGGAAACAGAACCGGCCUCUAGAAUCCGAGCCGACCAAGUUUUGGCUGCGUUGGAAAAUGAAACCUAA